CAAAUUUUGAGCGAUACCCAUAACCUAUCCGUUAUUGAACUCCUUUGUUAGAAAAACAAAAAGAAGGAAGGCUGUGAUCAUAUUUAUAUAGUUUUAAUUCUUUUAAAUUAAAUAUCUUUCACAUAAAAAAAUCAAAAUAAUAAUAAGAAUACCAUUGAAGUUUGAAUGUACACACUUUUAAUCACAAGGUCACAUAUAUUUAUUAUACCUGUCUGUCUGGCUAACCACCAACCAAACAUGUCAAAUAUAUACAUCAUCCCCAAUAUUUAUGUUAGCCAAAUAUAUAAUUUAUGUAUAUAUAUCUAUAUAUAUAUUUAUAGAUAUACUUAUACAUACGUACAUAUUUAUAUCAAGUAACAGGAUAUAGCACGUUCUUUUCUGGCUUAUAUACAUAUACAAUUAAAUGUUUAGAUAUUUUAUCUCAUCGUCAUUAAUAUUUGAUAAUAUGCUAUUCAAUAGUAUACAAUUUACAUGACCUGAAGCAAACUAUCACCAUAUUAUACACGCUUGCAUAUUAAUAUUAUUAUUAUUAUCACUUGUGUAAAGUGACAUAAUUUAUGUAUCAAUAAAAAUUUGUACUAAAUGGACUAAAAUUGAACAAAGGAUAAUGCAAUCAUUACUACUUAUAUGGUUCAUAAUAGCCUAUAUCAUUGUCGGUGCAUCCAGUGAUAGUUUUUAUUUUACUGUCAGUCCAAAUGAUCAAGAUGUUGAAGAAGGACAACCAUUGCGUUUGAGAUGUGCUGUAACUCCAUCAAAAGAUAUUUAUUACUCAUGGUUACAUAAUGGUACACGUUUACAGUUGGAAAAAGAGAGUGGUCGACGUUAUCUUGAAGUGGAUAGUAAUUUACAAAUUUUACAUGCUGAUCGUGAGUUAGAUCCUGGUACCUAUCAAUGUCAAGCGUUGAACCGUUCCUCAACUUUCACGACAGCUAGCAGAGAAGCAAAAGUGAACAUUUACUGGAUGGAUCCAGAUGUUCAUGUAUCCUUAGUUAAACCAUCACGUUAUGAAGAUAUUCGUUUAGGUGAAGAAGUUGAAUUAACAUGUAAUGUUAAAGCAAAUCCACCAUUGAGUCCAGCAAAUAUUAAAUGGUUUCACAAUGGAAAUGCGCGUUUGCCAAAUACAGAAUUUCGAAGUAAUGGAAAUUUACGUAUAGCAGUUUUUGGUAUUGAACACACAGGAAGUUAUCAUUGUCGUGCUAUACAUGCAGCUGGUAAAUUAGACAGCAGGCCACCAUUUUUAAUUCAAAUUACAAAUGACGAUCCUCCAAAAUUAAUUACGGAUUUGAUAAAUCAUGAAUUUUCAAAAUUUGUUAUGCGUGGCCGUUCAGUUGAAUUGGAAUGUCCUCAACCAGGUGUACAAAAGUCAGCAGAUACUAUAACUCCGAUUACAGUAUGGGGAUUAAUGCCACGUUUAGGAGAACAACAACAACCCGUUUCGACUUUAAGAGACAUUCAAUUUGCAGAUCAAGAUACAAAAUUAGUUAUCAAUAAUUUCGACAUACAUCAUGUGAGCUUUUACACAUGUGAAAUUAGUUGGCCCGGUUCACCAGAUCGAUAUAUUUUUCUUUUUCAAGUUGAACUAGCUGCUCUUUACUAUCCAAAACGAUCGGAUUUUUCGCCUCGUCUAAAAAAGAAUCAACCAUUUAUUGUUCGAAUCAAUGAAGAUGCAAAUUUACGUUAUUAUUCUGAUGAAUCACCGUCCAACUCAUUUGUUACCGAUCAAAUCUCAAAUCCAACACCAAAAAUUAUAUGGCAUAAAAAAGAUGAGCAUCAAUCAAUUCCUACUUGGCCUCCACCUUCAUCAUCUUCAAUAGUGGAUGAAUCAAAAUUAAAUGGUCCAAGGCCUAGGAUUUAUGCUUUACGUGGACGACAUUUAGUAAUUCAUUCCGUUACUGAAUUAGAUUCUGGAUCAUAUGAAAUGAUUUUAACUAAUACUGCUGGUCGUGCUUCUAUUGUGUUUGAUAUUUUAGUCAAUUUCCCACCUGAAUUUUAUCAACCAUUAACUCAUGAAGAGCAUGCUUUAGAUGAAGACAGUUCCAUUACAUUAGAUUGCGGUAUUAAAAAGCGUUCAAUUCCAGGAAGUAUUGUCUAUUGGGAAAAAGAUCAACGCGUUUUAGAAAAAUACCCUAAUAGUCUUAUGGUUUUAGAGAAUAACGGUGAAACUUUACGAUUUCCUGAAUUGAAACCCGAAGAUCAAGGUCAGUACCAAUGUUUCGUUCAAACUGAUGGGUAUAAAGAAAGAUGGUCUGGUCGUGAGCAAACCUUAAUUGUUAAAGCUAAACUGCAAUUUCUACGUGAAUUUCGUGAACAUUUUCUUGAAAUUAAUAUGCAAGGACGAAUACCAUGUAAAGCUAGAGGUUAUGGUACAGUAACUGUUGAAUGGUUUCGUAAAGGUGAUCCACAUUCUAAUGGUUUGCAAAGCAUUCGUCCACCUAAUCAAGUAGAAGGUGGUACUUUAAUUAUCCAGUAUGUUCAAAAACAUGAUGCCGGUGAUUAUGUAUGUGUAGCGAAGUCAACAUAUAAAAAUGCUCAAAUUAAUAUGACUGUCAGUGUUAUUGUUGGAGAAAAACCCCAAAUAUCACAAAUCAGUGCUAACCAAACAAUUCGCGUCGGUAAUCAAGUUAUACUUAAUUGCCAUGCAUCAGGUGAUCCCCAUCCUCAAAUUAGUUGGAUAGUUAAGAAACCCGGUUAUAAAAUUCCAAGUGUCUAUACUCCACUAGUUGAUAGUGAAUUACUUAUUCCCCAAUCUACUGAUUUAUCUGAUUCAAGUCGACCAGCUGAUAAUCAUUUACAAGAACAACAAUUUUUGCAACCACCACCGUCAAGUUCAAGUUCUUCAUCAGUUUCGAUUGAUCACAAUUUAAACAGUGCAUCUAGUGCAGAUGCUGUUGUAGCUGCAAUUUCAAGAAAUAUGCAAACAAAUGGAGGACGCAUAACAGCGUUUUCAAAUGGUAGUUUAAUUAUUAAACAAGUGCAUUUAUCAGAUCAAGCUGAGUAUAUAUGCGUUGCUGGCAAUAAACAUGCUAUCAAAACUCGUCAAGGAGUAUUUGUCAGAGUCCUCACUCCGGAAGAAUAUACUCGACAACAACUUGGUGAAGAGGGUACAAAUACUGGUAUGAUGAAAACUAUUUUUAUAGUAGUUGGAUGUGCUGUUGCCUAUUUAGGCUUAAUUAUUGGAUUAACAACAUUCUGUAGUGUUCGUAUGGUACGUACUCGACGUAACCGAUCACGUAAAAGUGGUGGCAAGUUACAUGAAAAUGGUCAAUUGCUCAAUCCUUUGAAUGACCCUAGUAAUCCGAAUGGUGGCAAAAGAGGAUCACAAGGAAGCGGCGGGGGUGGUGCUGGGACUGGUAAUAUGGAAUGUGGUUUAUUAUUAGGAGGCGGUUGUACGUCGGGAAUAAAUACAACUGUAAAUGCAUCUCUUAGCCAACUACCUCAUUAUGGUCGCCCAGUGUUGACUAGUGCAUCUGGCACACGAAGUGGAACAAGUUAUCCUGAUAGUGGUACCUUACCACAUCCUCUAAUGUGCACGGAACCUGGGUCAAAUCAAAGGCCAAAUAUUUCGGUAAAUGAUACGAAUUGCUGGUGGCCUAUAACUGACAAUGCAUAUUAUGGACAAAAUGAUGCUCAGGCUAAACUACUUCAGUCAGCCGGUGCUGGUGGACCAAUAGAUGGAUUCGCUAAUCCUUUGACAGAUAUUGGAGAUCUUAACGGUCACCCAUAUGUACAUGGACAUUCUAUGAUUAGUCCGUCAUGUAAUCUUAUGUUUUCAGCGCAUAAAGGCACUAGUACGGGUGUGGCUAGUAGUACAAUCGCUACAACUACAUCUGAAUCACAUCUUGUCUCUGCACCGCCACCAACUCCGCUUGAUUCACGAUCACAUUUUAGUGGAGUAUCUUCUGGUAAUUCAACUAGCUUGUACUCUCGUUCCCUUUUAAGUGGUGCUUCCAAUUUCGGAUCACCUCCCAAUCAAAUGGCUUCAAAUGUGAAUAGCAUGAAUCAAUAUGAUCAGUCAAAUGCAUUGCACUCUAUUAGUCAAACAGACCGUAUGAAUUAUCCACGUUGUGAACUACAAAUGGAAGGAAUUCUAGGAAAAGGUGAAUUCGGUGAUGUAUUCUUGGCUCGUGCUCGUCAUAUACAAGAAGGUGAAGCCCAAUCCUUAGUAUUAGUCAAAUCAUUGACUUCAUGUGAUUCAGUACAUAUUAAUGAAUUUCAUCGUCAAUUAGAAUUGUUUGGUCAGUCUGAUCAUGAUUACGUUACACGUUUAUUGGGGGUAUGCAUGGAACAAGAACCAUUCUAUAUUUUGUUAGAAUAUUGCGAAUGGGGUGAUCUAAAACAAUUUUUACGUUGUAUGCGUGAAGAGAAUUCAGGACCAUUUAAAAUGCCACCUUUAACAUGUACACAAAAGAUGAGUAUAUGCAAGCAAUUAGCUCUUGGUAUGGAUUAUUUAGCUCAUAUGCAUUGUGUUCAUCGUGAUUUAGCAGCUAGAAAUGUAUUAUUAACUCAAGGUUUAGAAGUGAAAAUAUCAAGUCUUGGCUUAGCUAGAGAUGUUUAUGCAAAUGAAUAUUAUCGUUUACCUAAUACAGAACAAUUUAUACCAUUAAGAUGGUUUGCACCAGAACUUAUUCAUGAAAUAACGACUAAUACAACAAUGAAUACAACGGCACGACAUGUAUCAUUGUGUAAUGGACAUGAAAAUAAAUCAUUGAAACAAUUAGCUAAUCCAGCUAUACCCUAUUCUACACAAUCUGAUGUUUGGGCAUUCGGUAUAUUAGUUUGUGAAGUCUUCUCAUUAGCAGCACUUCCUUUAGCUAGAUUAUCUGAUCAAGAAAUUAUUGUUGCUGGUCAACGAACAGCUAUGCUAAUAAAUAAUACUAGUGGUUUUACUAAAUCAAAACUUAACACUACUGAUUCAUCACCAUUGAAACCGGAUUUAGUUGCUGAUAUACCAGGUGAAUUAGGUAAUCUGUUAAAUCGUUGUUGGUCUCCAACACCACAACAUCGGCCUACAUUCAGUGAAAUUGCUAUCAUUAUACGUGAUCUUGCUGCAUCAUAAUAUAAUUUCUUCUUGUACUUUAUAUUCUUUUUCCUUUCUAAUUUUUUUUCUCUCUAAUAGUUUCUUUUUUUAUUCAUUUAUCUUAAAAUCAAUGUUUUAUAGAAUCAUUAUAAAAGUAAAUUAGACAAUGAUGAUGAUGAUAGAAAAAAAGUAAAAAAAAACAACUAAUUAAUCAUUUUGUAAUUACAAACAAUAAAGACAAUUUUCUAAACAUUUUCAGCAUCUUUUUUUAUUUGUUUAUUUGUUUGUUUACAUUCUUUCAAGGUACUUCCUCUUUUCAUUUUUGAAUAUUCAAACAAAAAAAUAGGCCAGAUUGUUAUUUAUUUCAAGUCAAUAAAAUAGUAAUUACUAAAUUAUUCAUUAUCAUAGUUUCAUUAUGUAACUUGUAUCAUACUAAAAAAAAUUUUUUGAAUUUACACUAAACUAUACUACUUAAAUGAAGCACAAUUAAAAUAAUUUUUUUCAUAAUUCUAUGUAUUUAGGUGAAUUAAAAUAAGUUUGCCUCAUUAUUAUUAUUAUAUAUACAUUGUCUAUGAAUCAAAAAUUGUUUUCUUCUUCAUUUAUUCUUAUCUCCAUUUGAUUUGAUUAUCAUUUUCAUCAUAAAUAUUAGUAGUAUAUAAGUAGUUAAUUGUAAGAAAUAAGUUUCUUUUUCAUCAUUUUGCUUUUUCCUUUCUUCUGGAAAAAUUUUUUUCUUUUCUUCAUUUGUUAAUAAAAAUCAUAAAAAAAUUUUUCUUGCCUUUUUUCUUUAUUUUAAUAAGAAAAAAAUUUAAUAUCGAUUAUUUAUUUUAUUUUUCUCUAUUUUUUUCUUUAUUUUUUCCCUUCUUUUCUCUUAUCUACUCUCUCUGCAUUCAAUAUUCUCAUUUUAUUAAAUUUUAAAAUGAUAUUAAUUUCAUAAUGUCAAUACAUAAUAAUGAUAAUAAUAGUAAUAAUUAUAAAUGUAUAAUAAACUUUGGACUCAGCUAAUACUGACUUGUUUUACAUUACCUUUAUCAUUGUUCUUUUGAUUCUCUUUUAUUUAAUUGUAUUAACUAACUGAAUCAUCAUACUAUACAUCUCUAUCAAGUGUACAUAUAAACAUUUAACUAAUGAUGGGCAUAUAUAGGCUGACGUGUAUUUUACACUUUUGUUUUUCUGUGUUUAAUAUAUUUAUAAGACAAUACUACUAAUGAUCAUAAUUGCCCUCAAUUCGAUAUUUUUUUUAUUUUAGCUCUUUGAAUAAUUUUUUGUUGUUGAUCUAUUUACUUGCCAAUUUUGUGAGUAUAAACAAAAUUAAUUCAUUCAUAAGUCAUUUGUUUACCCCGGUUAACUUAUUUUCAAAGGAUACAAAUUAUUUUCACUUUCAAUAUGAUGCUUGACAUCUAUAUUUAAUAGAUGUAAUUCAUUUGUGAAUAUACUAUUAUCAACUGGUGUCAAUUUGUUUUCUAAAAAUUGUACAUUUUAUGUUAUAAAGUUGAUGUCAAUACUACUACUAAUAAUAUUGAUAGUGCAUAUCAUAUUGCAGCUCUUUGUUUUUCAUUAUCAACACUGUAUCAUCGUCAGAAAUAUGCAUUUUAAUUAUCUACAAACAGACAUGCUUUCCUUCUGUAAACAUUAUACAAUGCAUCUCUGUAUUUUCUUCAUUCUGGCCACGUUUUGUUUUUUGUUUUAGGUAAAGAGUUUAGCUUUAUUUGUUAUUACGUAUAAUAGGACGUUUGUGUUGCUUUCUUUUUAUACCAUAUCUUCACUUAUCUACUGUAUUCUUUAUUUCUUCAAUAUCCUGCUUACCAAAACAAUAGAACAGAAAGAAAACACAUCACUUUUUAUAGGAAUAAAUUUUUAAAUAUUUAUCAUUCGUUAAAGAAUCAUUCAUAUUUUCACUUCCUUGUUUCCAUCCAUUUUCACAGCUUUCCUUAUCACCUUAUUAUUGUACUUCUCAUCUCACAUUAUAAGUAAUCUUUGUUAUAUCAUAACAAUAUUAUUCUUCUAUGAUUUUGUUCACGGUUUCUUUCCAUUUUUCUUUUCAAAAAACAUAAUUAUGGACACUGACAAAACAUUUACUGCCUAUUUAGCAUUUUAAAUUAUCUUUUUUUAAUUAAAUACUUUUCCUCUUUUCUUUACUCUCCAAAUUUUUUGUAUAUUUCCUUAACACUACUGAAGAUUAGUGUAUGAAUGAAUAUAAAAAGAGUGAUAGGUCUUCUAGAAAAAAGAUAUUACUUCACCCAUGAUGAUCUCAGUUCACCUUUUUCUUCUCUGUAUUUCACCGAUUUUUAUUUCUAAAAAUGAAACCGAGAUGAAAACUACAACUCAUUAUUAUUAUUAUCAUACUGUUACUAUUAAUUUACACACAAAAAAUAACAUUGCUUUUGUUUACUCAUUUAUUAAAACAAAACAAAAAAUACACUACACUAACUAACAUACAAGACGUGAGAGAUAGUAAAUUACAUGUAUAAUAAAAGAAAUUGUUUUAUGAAAUAACUGUUUCUUUUCGUUAAAUAUAGAACAAACACAAUUAUCAGUGUAAAAAAACAAACACAAAUAAUUCGUGGUUGAUAGCGUGAGUCAAUUGAAGCUAGA